AUGGUCACUGCUUGGAGGUACUUCUUGAGUCAGGAGCCUCAGCUGUGGAAAGCGCAGCAGGACUCUGAUCACGAGCACGUCUACCGUCCCGGCCUUGUUCAGCUCACUGGUUCGGUCCUCGAACGAGUCCAGCGAGGGCUCCGCGAGGACGGGGCCAGGCCCGGCACGAAGAGGACAGCGGGGUCCCCGGUGAGACGUUAUGAGCCGUACAGCGCUGGGCUCAAGGAAUGUUCACAUGAAGUUAGCAUGAAGCCCGUGAAUCGGGAUCGGCUUUUCUUUAAAGUCAGGGAUGGAGCGUUUUCCGAAGCUCGGAAGGCUCUGGAGGGAGCCAAAAUAGAGUGGAAGCAUUCCUCUCUGGAGCAGAACUUUCUCUUCUUCGCGGCAGCCCGAGUACGCCCUGGGUCCGAACAGCUGGCGAAGCUGUGUGUAAAGAUGGGGGUAGAUCUGGCAGAGACAGACAAGCACCAGCAGACUCCACUCUUCUAUGCUGCAUCGAGAGGGAAUGCCACAAUGGUGACAUUUUUGCUGAAUCUGGGGUUCGAGCCGAACUUCCAGGAUAACAUCAAAGAAACGCCAAUUUUUUACGCAGUUAGGCAUGGACACAAGGAGAUAACGAGCCUGCUUAUAGAACGGGGAGCAUCCCUAGACGUAGUUUCGACCGCUGGCCUCAGCCCACGGAACAUGUUGUCCGACUCCCAGCCAGACAUGCUCCAGACGACACGAAAGCGGAAAGCAGCUGACUCGCCAGAUGUCUCAUGCCCGGGUGCCUCCGCAAGAUCUCUAUUGACCAAGUGGGAGUGGGGGCAGGACGAGGAGGAGGAGCCACAGGACGAGAAGGAGCCCGUCCUCGAGAAGGCUAGCGUCGACAUCGUAGCCGAGAACGACGAGUACUAUGUAUGUGCAGCUGUCCACAACUGUGCGAAGCGCCUACGACGCUCCGAAAGGGAAUUUGCGGGCGACCAUGCCCAUCUGCACACGGGGCAUCCUUGGUAUGGAGAGUUACAGUUGAAAGAUGCUUCAAGCUUAGUCGGUGUCCCACUGGUCUUAACGAACAACCGGCUGGCAGCCAUUGAGAAUCUGGCAAGUGGCAAAUGCACAAAUCAGUUCACAUUGGCUGCGGUGUCGGCGAGCACAAACACUAUAGCAGGAUACGUUUUUGCCUCUUUUACAACUGACGUGCUGGACAUUGGGCAUUGCAAAGUCGAUCGAUCACAUCAAGGGAAAGGUUUGGGUGGUCUGUUGCUCCAAGCGGCAGAGACAAAUGCGAGAAACAAGGGCUCCGACCACUCCACGGUCAAGCUCUCGGUAUUGGAGACGAACGAGGCCGCAAUCAAAUGUUACUGCAAGGCGGGCUUCAAAACGACUGAAACCAGCCCUUCGAGCUUCCCUCCCACAGCGUGCACGAAAAUUCAGUGGCUGCGCAUGGAGAAGGGCGGUACCGAUGUGGCGUCCUUAACUGGUGUUGGAGUGGACGACUUGGCAGGUCUGCGAAACUUGCAGACAGCUGCAGGGGCCUUGGAUGAGAGCUGGAAGUAG